AUGUCUUCCACCAGAGAUCGCGUUGACACCCGCCAACACAGCACAGAGAAGCACGCCGAGCGAGAUUGCUCUACCAUGGCUGACAACAACGAAAAACACGACGAGGGCGAGACAUCGCAGAGUGGCUCGGACAACGACCUGCAAUAUGCUACAUCCUUCAAGCUUGCCGCCAUCAUGGCGACCAUCAACCUUAGCACCAUGGUUGCCGCUUUGGAUCUGGGAAUCGUGGCCACAGCCAUUCCUGCCAUCACCAACGACUUCCAAUCCCUCAACAAGAUCGCCUGGUAUAGCGCGGCCUGCUUUAUUCUCGUUGGAGCUACCAGUGCUACGUGGGGGAAGCUGUUCACCUACUUUUCAGCUCCUAUUACCUACAUGAGCGCUCUCGUGUUGUACCUGAUUGGAAGCGUCAUCGCCGCCGCAGCACCAAACUCCACAGCUCUAAUUGUCGGGCGAGCCAUUCAAGGAUGUGGCUGCUCAGGAACUUUAAGCGGUUCGGUUUUAAUCAUUAGCUUUACUGCUGCUCCCAAGAAUCGGCCUCUGCUGAUCGGGGUCUGGAUGGGUGUUUUCAUGGGCUCUACCGUCCUUGGCCCUCUCCUAGGCGGCGUGUUCACUUCUAAGGCGACCUGGAGAUGGUGUUUCUGGGUUAGUCUUCCCAUCGGCGGCCUGGCCCUCGCUCUGCAACUUCUUUUCCUCCGCGUACCGAAGCAGAUCAAGCCGAUGCCUGCAACGUGGAAGGAGAUCAUUCUACAGCUCGAUUUCUCUGGCUUCAUCAUCCUUGCUGCUUCCUUGAUCAGCUACACCCUGGCGCUGGAAUGGGGAGGAUUGACCAAGUCAUGGUCGGACGGCACAGUCAUAGCUACUCUCGUCAUGUGGAUUGUCUUGACCAUCGGCUUCUUCGUCAAUGAAUGGCUUCUUGGUGCGAAAGCAAUGAUGCCGCUCUAUCUACUCAAGACGCGUAUGACAUGGGCAAGUUGUCUAUACGCUUGGAUUGCAAACUGCGCCAACUUCCAGGUGCUUUUCUACUUGCCUCUUUACUUCCAGUCUGUCAAAGGCGACUCGGCUAUUAUGAGCGGUGUUUACACCCUUCCCUUCGUGUCCUUCUACGCAUUGGGCUCGUUGCUCAGCGGUUUCUGGAUCAGCAAGACGAGGCUCCCGAUUGCCGCAGAGAUCGUCAGUCCUUUACUGGCCCUGAUUGGCACCAUCGUCUUUUACCAGAUGGAUAUCAAUACCUCCAAAGCCUGGUAUGUUGGAGCACAGAUUCCAUUCGGAUUUGGCAUCGGCCUCGGCAACCAAGUUCCCGUGACCGCGCUGCAGGCGUUUGCCAAGCCAGCAGAGGUUGCAGCCACUAUGGGCAUUAUCUUCACGUUUCAAACCAUCAGCGGCGCCUACUUCAACACCGCAGCUCAAUCCGUCUUCGAGAACACUAUAUACAAAAGGUUAGAAACCACAGCUCCAGGGGUCAGCUGGAGCAGCGUCAGCGAGGCUGGCGCGGCAGGCCUCACAAACACUUUCAGCGGACAGGAGCUCACCCUUGUGCUCGAGGCAUACAUGGCCGGUAUUAAAAAUGUUUUCAUUUUCGCCGUUGCGGGAGCGGCCGCAACUGUGCUAGUCGCGCUCUUGAUUCCUCCCACGAGGAUCCCGGCUCACGAAGAGAGGAAGACGGAUGAGAAAGAGGCUGCGAAUGCAAGCAUUGACAACUGCCUUCCUGUCUGCCUUGGUGGGCGGGCCGAAGCAUCCUGUAGCGGCCGGCCUAAGCCACCGCCGGUGAAGUUCGGCGUCAUUCUGUUCCAGGCUUUUGAGAUCCUCGACGUUUUCGGGCCUCUCGAGGCGUUGAAUAUGCUGUCACGCACGCGCCAUCUCGAAAUGUUUCUCAUUUCCGAGACCAUGGAUCCGGUCGCGACGAAGCCAGUGAUGGCGCCCAUGAAUCCCUUCGACUCCACCUUUUGGCCAACACUCCCACCGACGCACACACUCGAAACCGUCCCAGGCGACCUUGAUGUCCUCAUCAUUCCAGGGGGCUUGGGUGUCCGCUCUCCAAAUAUUAACGCCACCCUUACAUACCUCGCCGACACGUACCCCAAGCUGCAGUACCUCAUCACGGUAUGUACCGGCUCCGCGCUGGCGGCCAGGGCCGGGCUCCUGGAUGGACGGCGUGCCACGACCAACAAGGCGCAGUGGGACUCCACUGUCGCCUUCGGUCCAAACACGACAUGGGUGUCACAGGCUCGUUGGGUCGCUGACGGGAACAUCUGGACCUCAUCAGGCAUUUCGGCAGGUAUAGAUGUCACGCUUGCUUUCAUUGAGGAAAGCUACGGAAAGGAGAACGCUACCUGGGUGUCGAAUCGGAUGGAGUAUGAGAGGCACACCGAUCCUGACUGGGACCCAUUCUCAGGCAUCUUCGGGGUAUCGAAUUAG